GGUCGGGUAGCGCGCAGCGUGGGCCACCCUGUGUCUCCAUCACUCUCCGUCUCUGUCUCUGCUUCGCCUUGGACUCCUUCAUCCGCGUCUCAACCAUCGCUCGCCUGGAUUCCCCUCCAUCCCACACCCCUACAGGAGCUCCAUUAUACAUUCCAUACUCGCCCCCCUCUCUCUUUCUCUCUCUCUCUCCCUCUCUCUCUCUCUCUCUCUCUCUCUCUCUCUCUCUCUCUCUUUCUCUCGCGUACUCGCUUGCCUUUUAAUAAUUAUUGCCCGAUGCCUCUUGAAUUUGCCCAUCAACACAAUGGCCGGUUCCAGGACCCCGGACCAUGGAGACACCCUGUCGGUAGACCGUUGGAGCUCACUGCACCACUCGGCCUCGAGACAUUGCCAGCACAGCGGUUCUCAAAGGUCAAGCGGGCUUCCUUUGGGCUGAACCUCAUGGUCGUCGGCGAGAGUGGAUUGGGUAAAACGACCUUUAUGAACACGCUCUUUAACACGGAUCUCAAGGAGGAGAUUCUUCCAAAGAAAAUCCAUUCAACUCAAACCGUCAGCAUUCAGCCAGCGUACUAUGAGCUGGUCGAAGAUGGAGUUCUCUUGAACCUCUGUAUCGUCGACACACCCGGUUUUGGCGAUGAAUUGAACAGGGAACACAACCUGACGCCUAUCAUCCAGUACAUCGAUCAACAGUUCGAGGAAUACAUGGCUGCAGAACGCCAUCCAGGAGUUCGAAAGGCGAUUCCGGAUACCAGGAUUCAUGCCAUCCUGUACUUUAUCGCUCCAACUGGGCAUGGACUGAAGGAACUCGACGUGAAAGCGUUAAAGACCUUGUCUCAGAAGGUGAACGUCAUCCCGAUUAUCGCAAAGGCGGACACCAUGACCGCGGAAGAAAAGCUAGCCUUCAAGAAGAUUCUGCUGACGGAUCUGGAGGCACACCAGAUCAAGUCGUUCCCUACGUCGUACCGGGAUCAUGUUGAUGGUGGGGAGGAGCUGUUUAAACACAUUCCGUUCUCGGUUAUUGGAAGCGACAACUUUCAGGUCAUUGGCGGCCGAAGAGUGCGCGCCCGAUCUUAUCGCUGGGGUGUUGUUGAGGUCGAAAACACGGAACACUCGGAUUUUGUGUACCUGAGGGAACUUUUGCUGGUAACAUGCCUGCAUGAUCUCGUCGACAGUACUCAUGGAGUCCAUUACCACGAACAUCGUGCCAAGGCUCUUCGUUCGAACGGCCGACCAGCGUCGAUCCUGGAGUGCGAUGACUCGUAUGAGGCUCGGAUUGAGGGCACUAGGUUCCAAACCAGAGAAGAAAUGAACCGUAGAGAGGAAGAGAUUCGUCAAUCGUUCAUCGAAAAGGUGCAGGAGACGGAGAUUGCGCUCCGCCAGCGCGAGGAGCAAUUGAACGCCAAGAAGGCUGAGAUGAUCGCAGAGCUGGAGCAGUACAAGGCGCUGAUUGAGGCGGAGCAACGCGAGGUGGAUGAGUUGUUGGCGAGCUCGCGCCCGAACACUCUGUCGAAGAACUCGAGCAAGCUGUUCAGGGCCAAGUGAACAAGACGUCCUCCACAUGUCGGCCGUCUUCCUUAUACUGAUAACUAUAUUCAUAUUCAACUUAAUAAAAUAGCCGUAGCCGUUCUGUAUUCAUAUAUCCAUGCUGGCAUCGUUCAUGUUUAACGACAAUAUCAAAAUGGGAC